GUCCUCACUCGCUCGCCACAGCGAUCAUCAAGCACACACACACGCACAGCAAAUUAAGCAAGCACGAGAGUGUUCUGGAGAGGAUCUGAGGAGGAACAGCUAGCAUCACCUGCGACGACGAUCGACGAUGGGCCCGAACAUGUCGGCGUUCAGCAGCAAGCAGCAGGCGUCGGCGAAGCGGCGGGCGUACGUGACGUUCCUUGCCGGCGACGGCGACUACUGGAAGGGCGUGGUGGGUCUGGCCAAGGGCCUGCGGAAGGCGAGGUCGGCCUACCCCCUGGUGGUGGCCGUGCUCCCCGACGUCCCCGAGGAGCACCGCCGCAAGCUGCGGGAGCAGGGCUGCGUCGUCCGCGAGAUCCAGCCGGUGUACCCGCCGGAGAGCCAGACGCAGUUCGCCAUGGCGUACUACGUCAUCAACUACUCCAAGCUCCGGAUCUGGGAGUUCGUGGAGUACGAGCGCAUGGUGUACCUCGACGCGGACAUCCAGGUGUACGAGAACAUCGACCACCUGUUCGACCUGGAGAAGGGCCGGUUCUACGCGGUGAUGGACUGCUUCUGCGAGAAGACGUGGAGCCACACCCCGCAGUACAAGAUCGGCUACUGCCAGCAGUGCCCCGACAAGGUCACCUGGCCGGAGCAUGAGCUGGGCCCUCCGCCGCCGCGCUACUUCAACGCCGGCAUGUUCGUGCACGAGCCGAGCCUGGGCACGGCCAAGGACCUCCUGGACGCGCUGGUGGUGACGCCGCCGACGCCGUUCGCGGAGCAGGACUUCCUCAACAUGUUCUUCCGCGACGUCUACGAGCCCAUCCCGCCGGUGUACAACCUGGUGCUGGCCAUGCUGUGGAGGCACCCCGAGAACGUGAAGCCGCUCGACAAGGUCAAGGUCGUGCACUACUGCGCAGCGGGUUCCAAGCCUUGGAGGUACACGGGUGAGGAGGCCAACAUGGACCGCGAGGACAUCAAGAUGCUGGUGAGCAAGUGGUGGGACAUCUUCAACGACGAGAGCCUGGACUACAAGGGCCCGGCGGUGGACGACGACGGGGCGGAGGUGGUGGACCAGGCGAGGGAGCCGCUGCGGCAGGCUCUGGCCGAGGCCGGCGCCGCCAAGUUCUUCCCGGCGCCGUCGGCAGCCUAGGCGGAGCGAUCGGUUCCGUUGAAGGAGGCCGUUAAUAAUACUGUACGGAUUUACCAGUAGUUAAUUAGCGGUCUACAGGUUUUGGUAUUGUAGACGAUCAUCAUCAGGUCAUAUCAGUACCGUGCAAACAUUGUACAGUACCCCCGUUAACUUUGCAGGUUACCUAUUUUGGUAUUUGGGUUUGUAAAGAGUACGUAAUUAAUUAAGGUCGGUCUAACCAUAGAUCUUCCUGCUAUGUACGUACCACAUGCAUUUUGAAGCCAAUUAAAUAAUAAAUAUUUUCCUAGUUUGCUUUGAUGUUCA